AUGGUUUUUAGCGACGCUGACCCCACGUUCAGCAUCUCCUCGCUCCUUAGCCGUUUUGACCCUACGGUGGCAGCUGGAACAAAUUCUUCUGCAGCCUCACGGCCAGUCCCGUCAAGAGUUAACAGCGAUAAGAAGCCCUUGGUUGCUCAGCAGAAUGGCUCUUCAGCCUCUAAAACAACUACAUCUACGACAAGUACAAGUACAAUACAAUCCCGGCCUCCGAUUACAUCAAUAUCAAAACCGGUCACUACUACUAGUACUACCGGUACUACCAAUACUGCUACUCGAACUAAUGGCAUCUCUUCAGUGCCAUCCUCAAAAACAGAUGUCGGCGGUAUCGUUAAAAAACGCAAAGUAGAUGACCCUCAACAAAGUUCUAUGGAAAUGUUAAAGCAGCGGGCAGCGCUUCUAGCUAAAGUUAAAAAAACAACCCCGGCUUCCACAACGGCAGCAUCAGCUAGUACUCAUAAGCCAACUGCUCCAAAAAUUUCAACUACUGGUGCACGACCUGGUACAACACGACCUGGCACAAAUUCUGCUGGAAACACGCCAACAGAGACUGUUAAAAAGCCUGGUUAUAAAGAACUCUUGGCUAGGGCAGCACAGGCCCAAGCAGAGAAGAAGUCGGUUUCGGGAACAAUUACACAUAAAGCCCGACCUCAAGUGAAGGAACAACGUGCAUGGCAGAAGAAGCUGGAAGAGCAGAAGGCUGGAAAGUCAGGAGUGGUUGGGAAUGAUAGGAAUAGUAAGAGCCCGGGCAUUGCUUCGGGCAAUGAAAAGGGCACCUCUGCCGGGAAAAAAUCCGGCGAAACCGUCAAGACGACAGCUGGGAAGAAAGGUGUCGGAGGUAUUGACAGCCGCAGAUCAUCUGUAGGGAAUAUUCAGGGAGCUGCUGGGAAAGGAAAACUCCCAGAUAGGGGGAAGAAUGGAGGCCCUGUAGAAGCUGGGACGAAAAGAAAGCGUGAAGACACCGGAUAUGGUGGUGGUAGCGGUAGAGCCGGUGGCUUUACAUCUUCCAAAAAAAAUAAUGGUAGACGCUAUGACACCUACGAGGAGGAUGAAGAAGACGAUUUCGUUGUUGACGAUGAAGACGACGUGCCCGCACGCGGGCCGAGAUAUGGCGGUGGUGGAUACGGUGGCGGCGGAAAAAAAUACAUAUACUACGAAUCUGAUUAUGAUUCGGGAAGUGAUAUGGAAGCUGCAGGUAUUGAUGUGCUUGAAGAGGAGGAGCGAAGCAGGAGAGUAGCUAUUCUAGAGGAUCAAGCAGAAGAGAAGAGGGAGAAAGAGCUGGCUGCAAAGAAGGCCGCUGCAAAGAAGAAGAUAAUGGCCGCAAAGACGACCAAGAAAUAA